ACGCACCAUUACGAGAUUUUCAUUGAUUCACCGGUGACACCGGUCACGUGUUUUUGAAAGCUUAUAUUUUCGGAGAAUAUACAACUAACACAGUUUGACUGUAUAUUUCAUGAAAUAAGGACGGAUGAUUUGACAAUCUUAAAAAAAAUUUUCAGCAAUUGACCGUUAUCUUGAAGCAAGCCACUUUACAACUGACCCUAAAAUGGACUUUCAUUUGGAUCAAAAGGUUCCACAGAAUAAGCACUUCCAAGGAACAGAAGACCUGAUUUUUUCCGACAUUGUUUCUGAAGGACAAUUUUCUUGCUCAGUGAAUUCGUUCAUGGAUAAUAUGGGAGAGUUUCCACCCCAACCGCAAACGGUUGUACCUGUCAUGGGCAACCCUCAAGAAUUCCAAAACCCAGUGAGUCCCAAACGUUUCAUUGACAUGGAUAGUCAUCAUGAGUCUUCGGACCAGGAGCUAUCGCUCUACGAUCCUAACUUUGUGGUGAAAACAGAGAAAGUGUAUGUACCAUGUUCGAUGUCGUCCACAAGCAACAUUCCAAACUUACCGAACUUUUGCAGCAUAAACAGUGAACCUUAUGUACAACCAGUGAAAUCAGAGCCCUAUGCUGAAAGCAUCUCUUGUGGCGAUCAAUUUGGAAAUAGUGACAUUGGUUCGGCAGUUGUGAUGGCCAUAAAAAAUGAAAUCAAUCAAAUCUGCAGGAUUUUGGUCAUUUCACCAGAUCCUAGGUCUUGGUCCGAGUCUGACGUCAUGAAGUGGAUGGAAUGGCACGGGAACCAAUUCCAGGCUUCAUAUGGAGUUUCCGAGGCGUUCAGAAUGACCGGGGAGCAGUUAUGUCGUCUGAGUAGCGACAACUUCAAAAGAAGGUCUCCCGAGGCUGGCGCUAAUCUCUAUGCACAACUCGAUGUUUGGAAAAAUGCAUGCAGUCUGCCGAAUCCUCAAAUAAAACCGGUAAUGCCUGAAUAUUUCUUCCCCGCGCCUGCGCCCUCCGACACUUACAUCCCUGUUGCCUCCUCCCCCUCUCCCAGUACGACCAGUGAUGAAAGUUCCCAGUGUAGCUCACCCGUCAGUCUUCCCUCUGACGAAGAAACAGUGACCACCCCUACAUAUCACAACAAUGUCAGCAGUGGAAAGCAGACGAUUCAUCUUUGGGAAUUCCUGAAAGAGCUUCUUCUCCAACCGGACAAUUACAGUGGCUGCAUCAAAUGGGUCAGUCGCUCCGAUGGCAUUUUCAAAAUCGAAGACUCUUCAAGAGUUGCCAGAUUGUGGGGGAAAAGAAAAAACCGUCCGGCCAUGAAUUAUGACAAGCUGAGUAGAUCCAUCCGCCAGUACUACAAAAAGGGUAUCAUAAAGAAAACGGAGCAUUCAAAACGACUUGUGUAUCAAUUCUGUCAGCCGUAUCUGUGAAAAAAAGAACAAAAUCAGAGGUUGAUCAACCAUGAUGGACAUUUACCCCAAGAUGUCCCAGUUACGUUCAGAACGUGAUUUUUAAGACAUAAGCUAUUGCUUGGUAAAAAAUCCAAUUUUUGUUAAGUACACCACUCUCGAAUAGCAGCUGACUUUAACCAUAGCAUAGCUAUAUGUUGUUAUUCUGAAUUUGGCAGCUGUUGUUAAAUGUUGCUCUGGUGCGGGCACCAGGUAGUUUCACGUCAGUGAACUAGUCAUAUAUACAUUAUCAAAGGGCGUAAUCUAUGUUAGCCCCUCGUCACCAUCAAUUCCCGGUGGCACACAGACACUUGAAUUCCAAAUAAUAUAAAAAAUGGAAAAUAUAUAAGUGUAUAUAAAUUUUCUAUUGUUAUUGUAUUAUAUAAAUGCUUGAGAAAAACCCUGAGGGUUCUGAAAUGUACUUGUCUUUUGUUUUAUAUAUGUUUUCUUAUUUAUUUUAAAUUUGUUUACUUCCAAUGGCAAUUGUUAUGAACUUCAUAAAAAUAAAGAUAUUUUGUAUUUUAAUUUAUAUAAGGCGAUUGAAAGCAUUUAUGUGAUAAAGUAUGAACAUGAGAAUAAAUGUCAACAUCUAUAAAAAUAAUAAAUUUUAUUUUAUAU